CCGCCAGUCGCUUUUUUUUGGGUCCACUGCACUACAACUCCCAGAAGCACUUGCGGGUUCGCCUCCGCCGCGCGAUGCAUUCUGGAAAUUGAGGUCCGGCGCAACGUUAACAACAGCCGCUGAAAGCUAUUAUGAAGAGAGUCAACAGCAGCAGCCUCAGUGGGGAGGAUCUCCUCUUGGAAGAUUUGGAGACGGAAGGAGAGAGGCAGCUCAAGAGCCUUCUACAUCAUCAGCUCAAUACGUCUGCUUCUAUCGAAGAGUGUGUGUCCAAGCGCCGGCGUUUUGCACCUGCAGCUGUGUACAAGCCCUUUGGUGAAGAAGCCGCAGGGACUCAUAGCUUACCCCAGUUCCAGGCUCUGCAGGAGAGCAACAAGGAGAUUGCCUCUCUUAGGGAGCUUGGCCUCUCAGAGUCGGAGAUCCACCUCUGGAAGAACCAUGCAUCGGCAGGCAAGAGUUCUGGACUUGGGGCAGCCCCUGAAGCGAUGUGGGACAGGAUACAGGCUAUCCAGGAGAAGAUUGCAGAGUGCCAGCGCAUUCUCUCCUUGCCACAGAGAUUUGCAGGCAGCAAAGAGCUGAGCAGGCGUGAGAUGGAAAUAGAGAACGCUCUCUUCCAGGGCACUGACCGCCACUCAUUCCUGAGGAUGCUCUAUCACCAAGAUGAAGUCAAGCAGAAAGCCACACACGAGAAGGACCCAAUGGCUCACCUGGACACUGUUUAUCAAGAAAUACUCAGCCAAGGGCAGCCUGAAUCGGUCCAGCCUUCCACAAGUGAACUGAGCCCCUCUUGCUCCGGGACCCCUAGCCCUUCUCCAUUGGGGCAGGACUUGACCCCACAGUCUGUUUCAGGCCCUGUGAAGGUGACAGAGGUGGUGGAGUUUGUCCCAGAAGAGGAGAUCCUAAAGAAUCGUCUCUCAGAGGAAGAAAUCCGCAAGAUCCCCAGGUUUUCCUCCUAUAACCCUGGCGAGCCGAACAAGGUAUUGUAUCUGAAGAACUUCAGCCCUCGUGUGACGGUGAAGCACCUGAUGUCAUUGUUUGCAAGGUUUCAGGAAAAGGAUGGCCCAGAGAUUAACUUCCGAAUGCUGAGUGGGCGCAUGAGAGGACAGGCCUUUCUCACAUUUUCUAGUGUCUCGACGGCUCAGGCUGCACUGAAACUGGUGAAUGGGUUCAACCUGCUGGGGAAGCCACUUGUGAUUGAGUUCGGGAGAAACAAAGUUGGCCAGCUUCAUCCUGACGCAGAGUCUGCCCCGAGUUCUGGGAGCUCCGGCUCACUGCAGAGGGCAAGCAGCUCAUAGGUGUCGUGCUGAUUUACCAGGUCAUGCUUCCUGAAUCUUGAGCUGGGAGCAAAAUGAACAAUUAGUGUUGGAUCCAGACAGAGACCACACUUUGGGGAGAGAACAGGAAGGAACCUUUUCCCUCCAUGUGUAAAAAAGAGGAGGGAGGGAAGGUGAGAGAGACUGACUCUGGUGUGGGGCUGAGUGAGAAAAGCAGCUAUUUUAUGGUGUUUUAGUAGACCUUCUGUUUGCAAGAAGGAAGACUCUCAUCUUAGAAACUGGGACGCAGACUCUUUUCCUUUGCAGCCAAAGCCUUGGAGGCAGCCUUCCACGAACCCAUAAGUCCUUUUGGCCUCUGCUGUCAGGCCUUAGUAGGCGCUUCUGGCAGAGGCUUCUGCCAGCGAUUGGAGCAUGUGCUUGCGGGAAUAAGCACAGUUACUCAUCCUUGGCUGCUAUUCUGUUUGCUUUUUGUCGGGGGGAAAAAUAAUGGAAGGUUUUUCAUCUCAGUGUGUUGAGCAGUAUUUUUUUUUAGACCACAUUUCUUUCCUUUACAAAGCGAACACGACCAUCUCUCUGCAGCCCCAGGAAAUCUUCUAACACACUUUGUACAGUGAGGUGUCCAUGCCCCUACAUGGAGGGAUGGGGCAGGGAUCUUCAGUCACUUUCUCUCUACAGGAAAGGAACCGUUGCUGUGCUAGACUCUUUGACGACCCCUCGUGCACGGCAGACUGCCUUCCCGUUUUUAGAGAUGGUUUUCAUUUUGCCUCUUGUAUGACCUUUGCUAAUAGUCGUGUCAAGUGUUCUUCAUUUAAGUGGAAUGCAACCAAAAUGCGACAGCCACACUUCCUUCCGUGACAGCCCCACAUGUUCAUUGAACACACAGGGAGGGAGGGGGGGAGCAAACGCA